AGCGAGCGGGCCGGGGGGAGGGUGGGGGAUGGCGCGGACCCCAGGGCCGGCUCCGCUGUGUCCCGGAGGCGGCAAAGCACAACUUUCCUCCGCUUCUCCCCCCGGGGCCGGGCUCCUGCUGCCGCCCCCGACGCCACCGCCGCUGCUGCUGCUGCUCUUCCCGCUGCUGCUCUUCUCCCGGCUCUGUGGUGCCUUAGCUGGACCAGUUAUUGUGGAGCCACAUGUCACAGCAAUAUGGGGAAAGAAUGUUUCGCUGAAGUGUUUAAUUGAAGGAAAUGAAACUAUAACACAAAUUUUAUGGGAGAAGAUACAUGGCAAAAGUGCACAGACUGUUGCAGUUCAUCAUCCUCAAUAUGGAUUCUCUGUUCAAGGAGAAUAUCAGGGAAGAGUCUUGUUUAAAAACUAUUCACUUAAUGAUGCAACAAUUACUCUACAUAACAUAGGAUUCUCUGAUUCUGGACAAUAUAUAUGCAAAGCUGUUACAUUCCCACUUGGAAAUGCUCAGUCCUCUACAACUGUUACUGUAUUAGUUGAACCCUCCGUGAGCCUGAUAAAAGGGCCAGAUUCUUUAAUUGAUGGAGGAAAUGAAACAGUAGCAGCCAUUUGUAUCGCAGCCACUGGAAAACCAGUUGCACAUAUUGAUUGGGAAGGUGAUCUUGGAGAAAUGGAAUCCACUACGACUUCUUUUCCAAAUGAAACAGCAACAAUUGUCAGCCAAUACAAGCUUUUUCCUACCAGAUUUGCUAGAGGAAGGCGGAUUACUUGUGUUGUAAAACAUCCAGCCUUGGAAAAGGACAUCCGAUAUUCUUUCAUAUUAGACAUACAGUAUGCUCCUGAGGUUUCAGUAACAGGCUAUGAUGGAAACUGGUUUGUUGGGAGAACAGGAGUACAUCUCAAGUGUAAUGCUGAUGCAAAUCCACCACCCUUCAAAUCUGUGUGGAGCAGGUUAGAUGGACAGUGGCCUGAUGGUUUAUUGGCUUCAGACAAUACUCUUCAUUUUGUCCAUCCACUGACUUUCAAUUAUUCUGGUGUUUAUGUCUGUAAAGUGACCAAUUCCCUUGGUCAAAGAAGUGAUCAAAAGGUCAUCUAUAUUUCAGAUGUUCCACUUAAGCAGACCUCUUCUAUAGCUGUAGCUGGAGCUGUAAUUGGAGCUGUCCUUGCCCUUUUCAUCAUUGCCAUCUUUGUGACUGUGCUGUUGACGCCUCGAAAAAAGAGACCAUCCUACCUUGACAAAGUGAUCGACCUUCCACCCACACAUAAACCACCUCCUAUGCAUGAAGGACAGUCCCCCCCCUUGCCUCAGAAAGACCUUCUAUAUCAGACUGAACACUUGCCUCUGCAGACUCAGUUCAAAGGUAGAGAGGUUGGCAGUCUCCAGCGCUCUAAUGGACUGAAUAGCAGAAGAUUUGACUAUGAAGAUGAGAAUCCAGUGGGAGAAGAUGGGAUUCAGCAGAUGUACCCCCUCUACAAUCAGAUGUGCUACGAAGAUGGGAGUCCUGGCAAAUGUCAUCCAAGCCGUGAGCUGGAGAGAGUCUACAUCAACCCACGGGAACAUUACGUGUGAUUGUCCUCUUUCUCCAAUGGUGUUCUAACAAAUGUUUAUUCUUAGACUAAGGGAGGUAAACUGAGGCCAAUAGGUAUGAUUUUAUUCUGUCUCAUAUAAAACAAUCCCAGUCUAAGUAUAUCAGAAGUAGUGAUGAAUGACUCGGAGUCAAUAGCACAUUUCUUCCUUUCAUUAAGAGUUUCUUAAUCACCAGCUGUGCUUGUGAACUUGACUCUAGCUUUGUGUGUUUCUGUGAUGAUGGUGUUUAACUACUAACAUUUGGCCUACAAUGGCAUGUUCAUUUAAAAGUAGAGCAUCUGCCUGGGAUGACAGCAGUGAUUCUCCAGAACUAAAGGCCCCAGCUGGGAGUAUUAACCUCACUGGGUCUCAGGCAGACCAGCCUGUUCAUCUGUAACUCAAAUGGGCAGGAAAAGGAGCUCAAAAUCCAUCUCACUAAUUAUUUAGUUGGGAUUUGGCUUUUCCUGACAUGCUUAAUACAAUUACAAUACCUGCUUACAAACAGGAGGCCUGAGAAAAGAGGCAAAAUUUGUUGUUUAUCCCAGAAACAAUAACAAAAGACAGUUCAGACCUUCAAGUCUGUUGGUUUCUUUUAGACUCUUGUGAUAUUGUAAUAUGCAUUCCUUCUUGAUCACCAAGGUCCUGAGGGAUGCAUAUUUCUUGCUAUUAUCGGCCUAGUCUUGAUGAGCUGUGUGCUAACCAGGGUUCUUCUCUUACUCAGUCAUUGUUCCCACAGUUCUGUUCUUUAUAGUCCAGAUUAGCCUAUUUCCCACCUAUUAAAUUCUAGAAGCCCUGUAUAAAUGGUGGACAGCCUUGAGCCUUGAGCCCUCUUUUCUGUGGUGUUGUAUAUGACAGGCUCAGCUUUCACUACGGAAAUUUCUUUCAGACUAAUCCUAUCCACACAGGCUUUGGCUACCCUUUGCAUUCUUCAGACUUUUUAUUGUCUGUGUUUUAUCUACCUCAGAAGAAAGCCUGCUGGAAAAUCAUCAUGAAAUAACCCCUACUCUUAAAACCCAGGUAGAGAAUUUGAAAACCUAAAAAAAUAAAAAGUGCCUUUAAUAUGGCAUAUGUGCUAAACCCAAGUGUGGUCCUUCAUCCCUCUUCUCCUACUUUAACUGGUCACUAAUAAGAGUAAAGAGCUACUAAAACUCAAACAAUACAGGGACUGACCAGUCUGGAGUUUUCUCACCUCCCUUUGCCAACUUUUCCUCGAUGGGCUUGAAGGUAGCAAUUAUAGUGGGGUGAGCAGAGGAAAGAACACAGGUACAUGUGCAAGUGUCAAUCAUCUGCCCUCAUAUCUUAGGAAAAGCAUUGCUUUACUAUGUGUUCUGGAAGAUUAUGGGUCUGUCACAGACAUAAAAAAAACACUGCAGACUUGUCAUGUAUUAGGAAAGAGUGACAUAAGCACUAAAAUAAAAUAGUACACGUUUCCAACCUGAGCUUCAAGGGAAUAGGAGAAUAUUAACAUAGAUUUCUAAUGGGGUACCAAAGAUACAUUAUGAUUCACGUUUUGCUGGCUCUAGUUCUUGCCUGUGUGUUUGUUUCCUUUUUUCAGUUGCCAUGCUUUGUCAGACAAAUUAUCCAGGUGGUUCUACAGUAGUAAUACACCACCCCUCUCCAUUACCUGGGUGACCAGCAAUUCUGUAAAAGAUGAUGGUUACAUGGAAUCAAAGGGUAAAUUCCAAGGACCGUCAUUGCUGUUUCACUAUGUUACCUCAGAGUUAGUGUACUGCCCUUGCUAGCAAGCAGACACAGAACGAAGAUAUCUGACUUUAUUACUUGGAAUCCCAUCAGUGAGUUAAUGUAACUGAAGGUGUAGGGAUCCUUGCAGUUGUUUUCCAACCGAAAGAUGACUCUAGUCAGAGCUCUCCUUGAUAAGGAAGUGUUUUAUACAUACUAGAUGUUACAGAGGAGGAUCCUGUGGUGCAUUGCCUCCUUUAGUGAGCUUUAAAAAUGUCUUACACAUAGGAGAUGGUUUCUAGGUGCUGCUGGGAAGCAGGUUGUUGAAUUAGUGUCACAAAAGUAGACCCUGGACCUAGAGGGGAGUUGAGAUGUCUCCAUUUGCACUAGGGAAAGAGAGUUGGAAGCACUGAGUUUCAGAGCCCUUUGACCUGUCUUCUACCCUCCCUACCAUCAAGAAGCCACUAUUGCAAUUUUUAACAUUCUCGGUGUAGUUAUAGAAAAGAAAUCUCAGGAUGUAGACACUUCUCUCAACAGCCAGCUAGUUCAAUAUCCUCUUUGCCUCUCUGUCAGCUAUGAUAUUUCUUUAACAGACUGGUAGAUUUUAUAGCUGUUGGCCCCUUACAUGGGUCACAGAAGCUAUAUAAUUGCUUAUCCUGGUGCCUCCCAUCUGUUCUCUCUAAAUACUGAGUGGAAUAGAGCUCAGUAUUUUAAAGGAGCUUUAAAGGGGUUUGAUCCGCCAGCCCCCUCAAGGACAAAAUACCAUCCAAAAUUAGCCUGUUGCUCUCUAAAUUUGGAGGCUAGACCACUUGACGAUGGCCAUUUAAAUUUGGAAGUUAGACUCCUAAAGGUCAGUGAGUGAGGCUUAGGGACAUAAGCCACAGCUGAUACUAGAUACUCUUCCCAUAACUGGUUUAUUAAAACUGCAACAGAAAUAAAUCCCCAGAGUGCUUAUCCACUUAGGGUUGCAGUUUUGCGUUUCAAGGGGGAGCGUGCAUGCUCCAUCUUAAACACACAGCCUUGAUUGCCUAUUUUGUAGGCGGCCCAAGCUCCAGGAGCGUGCAUCAUCGCUGCAGUAGCAGAUCACCAGGUUCUUUGCACACCACACUAAAAUAAAGCAUCUGUACCAGUUAGGAUUGCUCUGACGUAAUGGGAUAAGAAUUUAGGUUAAUUCUUAAAUGGCAGUGAUUUAUUUUCUAUGAGGACUCCCCUAUCCCUGGCCGCCUUAUAUGUUCUAAAAUUGAAGAGGUCCACGCUCUUUAGGACAUGUAAUAUAAAAUUCUUAACCUGUGCUAGGCUUCCCUGUAACAUGCACAUAGUAGAUAGUAAAGAAAUGUGCUGUAAACUAAAUGAACUGGUCCCCUCAUUAAUUUUUUAUGGCCUUGUUUACUUAUAGGGAUAAUCUGUUUUUUCAUCCAUCUUUUGAGAAUGAUUUCCUAAUUCCUCUUUCACAGUAGUGUAAAAUUUACUAUUUUGUUUUUCAUUGUGCAAUUUUCCCCUGCAGUCUGCUGGUCUCUCAGUGCUGUUCUUUAUAUCCAAUAGAGGCUUUCUUCAAGCCUCUUUUUCCCUGGGGCAUAGAGGAUAGACCAUUAUAUCAAGAAUCAGAAGAAUAGGUUCUACUCCCACUUAAUCUGGCUAGGACAUCAGUUGCCCCUAUCUGUAAAGCAGAGAUUGUAAUACUUUCCCUGUCAGCCUCUCAGAAAUGUGGGGAGAGUUAAAGAAGAUAAUAAUGGAUGGGAAAUUGUAAGUUCUCUUCAAAUGAAAAUACCCAUGACUCUAUUACUGUUGCAUAUUGAACUGGAACUCCCAGCACCCUUGCCAGCAUUUUGAGUACCAUAGCAUCUCCCCAGGGAGAACCAAGUGGCAGGUGAAAAUUUCAGUUCGAGCUAAUUUGAGUACAGCCAAGUGCAAGUGGAAGACAUCCCUUUUCUAUAAUAAGCAUUUGUCAUAUGGAAAGCUUGAUAUCUGGAUUUUAGCCUUUUAAGCUCUGUUGACCUGUGGUUCCUCUUGUUUAACAGAUUACUGCUAAUAAUAACUACCAUUAUUGAGUGUAUAGUAUGGACUGGAUUCCAGGGCAAGUACCUUACAAGAAUCAUCUCACUGACUAGAACCAAGCUCCUGUUUUGUCCCCUUCCAGGAGACCCUGUGGGGACAGAAAGGCUCCCACUCCUAUGCUGCACACCCACAGACCACACUAAUCAUCAGUCAGCUGUUAACUUCUUUUAAGUCUGCUCUUGGGGAGUGGUGUUAGGGAAGAGGCUUUCUUGAUUUUUUUGGAAAACAGAGGUGUAAGAGGGUACAUGGAAGAAAACCAUUAAAAAAAAUGUUUACUGAGAAGAAAGCAAUUGCAUGUGCUCAUUUUUACUUACUUUUUGAACUUCUCAAAAUGCUCAGAAAGAGUCUCAUACCCAUUAGAUUAACCAUCUCUGCAAAAAUAACCAACCGAAUAAUUAAAGCCACUCCAUCCCAGUUGGUUUGGUCUUAGAGGGCACAAACUUCUGACAUCUCUUUCUCAGCUUAGUAAUUUGAUAUACUUACUGCCCCUUUGAGUUUGUUUCACCUUCAUUGAACUCCCAGGGGGUGGUGGCACUGUUACAGAGUGGACAUCUGGAAAGAGAGCUGGCUCUGGUAGAAAGCCAGAAGAAGGAGGAAGGUUGUGAAAGUAGAAGUGUCAGGGCCCCCACCUGUGGUUCAGCUCUAUGCUUCUCUUGUUCCUGUGCUGAACUGG